AUUUCGCGUUUGUUGCAAUUAAAUUAGUUAAAAGUGAUUUCAACUCCGUGCUGUUGAGUGCGAAUGAUUAUUACAACGAAGGCGCUCACUGUCUUACCGCAUUCCGGGCUCCAAACAACGCAUCGCUCUUUGCUUGCACGUCUCAGGCAUUACUUCAAGAACAUGCUCUGUCCGGAUCUGCAUCCACCGGCAACAGUGCGGGGAAUGAAGCAACUGGACCGUUCAGCUUUCUCCAAAACCAUCAAAGUGCCUCAUCUGCUUGUGCCAAAGGACAAAAAUCUGAACGAUAUCUGUCGGGCUAGCAAGAAGUACCUGCUGAAAAUGGAACGCUACAAACCGGUAAUAACGGAAGAGUACAAAAUCACCCUCCACCCGCUGGCCGUGCAGAAGUGGGAAGAUUUAGCUGAGCUGAACCUGGAAAAGUUAGACAUCGGUAGCGAGGCGCUGGUUUGGGAGGAAAUUCAACUAACGUAUGAGAAUUGGAAGUAUGAUGAAAUUUUCAAAGCCAUUCUGCCGGCCGACAAGGAAGCACUUUCAUCGUUCAGCAAAAUUGGCCACAUUAUUCAUCUGAACCUGAAGGAUCACCUGCUGCCGUACAAGGAGUUGAUUGGGCAGGUGAUUUGUGACAAAAUAGCGGACUGUCGGACGGUGGUGAACAAAUCGCUCUCGAUCGAUAACACCUACCGGAACUUCCAGAUGGAACUGCUCUGCGGAGAGCCCGACUAUCGCGUUUCGGUGAAGGAGAAUGGAUGUCUGUUUGAGUUUGACUUUUCCAAAGUGUACUGGAACCCUCGACUUUCUACCGAGCACGAGAAGAUAGUGAAGAUGCUCGCCAAAACCGACACUCUGUUCGAUCUUUACGCCGGCGUUGGCCCGUUCACCGUGCCGGCAGCACGCCGGAGAUGCAAGGUGCUGGCAAACGAUCUCAACCCCGACUCGUACGAAGCGUUGGUGCACAAUUGUACAUUGAACAAAGUGUCCAAACACGUGACGUGCCACAACAAAGAUGCGGUCGAUUUUAUUAAGCACGAGGUCAAACAAGCUCUGCUGGAAAAGUGUACAGAUGAGAGUAUGGAAGGAGACAUUCACAUUACCAUGAACCUACCGGCGAUGGCGGUGGAGCAUUUGGUACACUUUCCAGGGUUGCUUAAAGGUGAGGAUGUUGUCCUGCGCAAACAACCUCUCGUGCAUGUGUACUGCUUUGCGAAAGGGGCCGAAGAUAAGAAGCAGAUCGCGCGCGAGCUCGUAGAACAUUGGCUAGGGACGGAUGUGACGGAUAAGCUAAAAGAAAUUGCCUUCGUGCGCAAUGUGGCCCCUAACAAGGAUAUGAUGCGUGUUAGUUUCUACCUUACGGAAGAUUUACUGUUGGGUCGCACUGCGGUUAAAAAACGACAGCAUGAAGAAGAGGACUCGCCGCAAUCGGAAGAGGCCAAGCGACCAUCGAACAAGAUGAAGGACCAGCGAAAGCAGUUGGCGAAGAAAGCGAAAACUGUGUUCUCGGUAUCACAGGUCAAAAAGGGCAACCUGAAAAAAACGAAGGAAGUUUCGAGCAACCUUAAAAAGAUCCAGGUCAACGACAAGCGCGAAAAGGUGGAUAAAAAAUUCCAGGAUCUGCACGCUCAAAUCGUAUCAAAAAAGGUUGCCAAACCAGCACCGAAACCUCUUCCGGCAAAGAACAAAAACAAACCGGACACAAAAAAGAUCGAAGCCGAUCUGAACGAAAUGCAGAUGUAGAAAUAAAUCAGUUAUAGAAAGCGAAA